GUGUUGACAUGGCAUAAAAAAAGAAAUUAUUCUUUUAUUUAUUUAAUAUAAAACCAAUUUUUUCCAAACAAUAAUGGGAAUUCCAGGCUUCACAAAGUUCAUAAAUGACCGGGCCCAGCUAUAUUACGAAAACCACGAUCUCACGGACUGUAAUUUGAUAAUCGACGGCCAUAGUAUCUCCUGUCAACUUUACAACUGGAAACAUUGGCAGUUUGAUGCGAGAUCCUUGAAUUGCUAUGGAGGUGAUUACGAUAAGUACGUCUAUAUCGUAAAGAACUUCUUCUGGAUGCUCCGAGAAGUCAGAGUCAAGCCUAUAGUGAUCUUUGAUGGAGGCUUUGAGCAACGAAAACUACCAACAAUAUUGAAGCGGAUGCAGGACAAACUUAACAUUGCUGAGCGUUUAACUCCCGAGUCUGAAACGCAAAAUCCUUACGAAGUGGUAUUUCCUUUGGGUUUACGUGAAGCUUUUAAGGAUAUUUUAAGAAAUUUGGAUGUAGAAAUGGUAAUGUGUGAAUAUGAAGGUGAUCAGGAAAUUGCCAGUAUUGCAAAGACUUUAAACUGUCCUGUGUUAACUUUUGAUAGUGACUAUUAUAUUUUUGGAGCUCAAUAUAUCCCUUUCAAAACCUUGGAGAGUAAAGUGUGCGCAGUGGACAAUUGGCGUACAGGAACUUAUAAAUUUAUAUCAUGUAAGUUAUAUAAAAUUGAGAAAUUCUUAGAAGAUUUUCAGGGUUUAAAAGAAAACACCUUGCAUUUAUUGCCAGUACUAUUAGGUAAUGAUUAUAUAGAUCAAAGAAUAUUUAAUGACUUUUUAUUAAUGAUAAAUAUUGAUGGAAAUGUGAGAUUACAAGAUAAAAUUAAACUUGUACUUGAUUGGUUGAAAACACAAACCCCUGAAAUGGCUAUUAGAAGUAUUUUGAAAACCUUUCAGAACAAUAAGGAAAGAUUGUUUAUUUUAAAUAAAAUUGAAAAAAUUGUCAGUGCUUAUUAUUUUAAAGAGAGUAAAAUAUUCAAGUAUUUAGGAAUUAAAGCCAAGGAUAAGAAAAGCUAUGAGGAAAUUGAUUUUGACUUGUUGAAACAAGAAGUUGAAAAUUCUAAUGAAUCCGUUAUUGAAGAAACUUGUGAUAAAAAUGCUACUAAAGAUAUUACAAAUACUGAACUUGAAAAUACAAAUAAUAAAGAAUCUGCCGAAAACAGCCCUAUGACCCAUAGCAUAAACUUAGAAUAUGGAAAAAAUUGUAAUUCUAACACAAAUGAAGAAACCAAAAAUAUUAAUUUGACUAGUGCUGAGGAUGACAAAAUAGUAGAAAGUAUGGAAGUCUCAGGGGAUGAUGUAGAAGAAUCUGCUGAAAACUGCCUUAAAAAAAUUGAGAUUGAAGAAAAUAGUAAUUCUCUUGCUGAAGUUGAUAUAAAUGAGGAAACUGUAAAUCCAAAUUUGCAUACCGAUAAAACAAAUAAUGGGGGAGAAAGUAUGCAUGUUAAAAGUCAUAUUGAUAAUUCUCCUGUUGUUGAUUAUACUGAAAUAGACAAUUUUAUUGAAAUUGCACCAAUAUCACAAGUUGAAACUGACAUCAAUUAUUGCCCUGACGGUGAAAAUAUUGAAAUAAAAAACGGAUACCUUUUAAAGGCUGAUACAAAUAGUUCUCCAAUUGCAGAAAAUACUGAGGCCGAGGCUCAUUUCUAUAAUCCUCCUGUUGCUGAAAAUAUAGAAAUAGAAAAUUGUGCAAUUCUAGGGUCUCAAACAAAUUAUUCUCCUAGUGCUGAAAAUAUUGAAAUCAAUGAAUAUAGUAUUGAAAUUGGUGAAACUUCACAGGUUGAAGAUUAUUCUGUUGUUGCUGCAGAUACUAAUGUAGAAAAUGGGGACACUUCAAAGGUCGAAGCUGCUUUAAGUAAUUCUUCAGCUGCUGAAAAUAUUGAAAUAGAAAAUGGAGAAAUUUUAGAUGCUGAUACAAUUGUUGACGCAAACAAAAAUACAGAAAAUAAUAAUAAUCCUUCUGCUGCUAAAAAUACUGAAAUAGAAAAUGGGGAAGUUUCACAAGCUGAAGCUGAUUUAAAUAAUUUUCCCAUUGCUGAAAAUCUAGAUGAUGAUGAGAAAGAAGCCAAAUCAUCUCCAUUGCCAUUAAACACAUUUAAUUUCGAAGAAACUCAUCUAGAAAAGUCCAGUGCAUCUAAAAACCUAAUUCCAAAAAUAUUUAAAAAGAACUUCCUAAAAUGCCUCUAUCCAUCAUCUUUCAUGGAUAUUUUAACUCAAAACAAAUACUAUUGCAUACCUCAAGUGGAGAAUUAUUUAGAAGAAAAUUCUCAUAAGUUUUCUUUUGAUAUUUUACGAGCCAUUCACAAAAUUUUGACAAACAGUGAUGAACAAUUUACAAUAGUGGGACGAGGUGAAGGAUCUACAGUUGAGCAUUUUCCACAAGAAAAAUGUAAUAUCAAAGUGCCUGAUCUAAUCGAAAUUGAAGAAUUAACCUUACAAGAAAGAAGAACUUUUUUUUUUCAAAUAUUAAACCUUGAUAAUAAUUUUGUAAGUUUACUAGACCAUUUUCCCACUGAAUGGCACCCAUUGAUAAUAUCCUUAAAGUUUGCUUCUACAAAAACCACAUUUCAAACCCCAUUAAUUUAUUCUAUAAUUUUAGGUUUUAUUAUUCUGAAUUACAUUGACCCCAAAAUUGGAUUUUAUAGAUCAAUCGAUCGAUACAAACAGAAAUAUUAUGCAUUUAUGCAAAGUUUACCCCCUAUAAAUGAGCAUGUGCCUUUUAGGGCUGACAGAAAUUGUUUUUACUACUUCCCCAGGAAAGAUUGUACAAUUUUUAUGCAAAAAAUCAUUUAUUUGUUUACAGCGAACCCUCACGACGAAUUUGAUAGACAUUUAUUGCAUCAAAUGUCACAAAUUCAAAGUGUCUUAUUGCACAUUAAAUAUUUGAAUACUUUAUUAAAGAAUCCUUACACGAAUUUAAUUAUACAUCAAAUAUUUAAUGCAACGUUUAUUUAUAAUUUGACUAAAGUUUUUAGAGAAAAAUCCUUGGAGUUAGAAAAUAAUUAUUUGAAUGUGUUUUUCAAAGAUUGUCCCAGUAUUUUGGCAGGUUUGAAGUAUGUUUUAAAUAUGUUGAGUAAGCAAUUAUUGAUGUUGUAAUAAUUAUUGUUGAGGUUGUUUCAGUAAAAAUCACUUUUGUUGAAACAACAUUUUUCUUAGAUCUAGGUGUUACCUA